CGUCUGCCUUGUAGAUUUCUGGAAAGCACUGGUGCUUUGCAUGUAGUCCUAGAAUAUAGGUUAUUUUUUCCAAAUUUGUAUGACACGUUAAUUUUAUGUUUAUAUUUGAACCCUUUUUUAAUUUUUAAGUUUGGAAAUAUCAAACUUUUUGAUGAUUUGUGAGUCACAGUUGAAGCUUUUCUAACCUAGAUCACAUAAAUACUUCCCUCCUUUUUGAAGUACCUAUUGAGGUUAUAUCGUAUGCGUGUAACAUGCAUUACUAAGAUAUUUAAUCAAAAGCAAGCGAAGAAGAAUCUAGCUCCAAAAUGCAAUCAAAAAAUAACAAUAACAAGAGGUGUAAAAUAAGCAACGAUGAAUCAGACCUGGUUACAAAUGGAUUCAAAGAUGAGAAUGUGGACGUGUCAAACGUAGUCACAAAUGGGCGCCAUGCAGACGAAGAAAUUAAAUCUAAAUCUAUGGAAAAUCUAGUCACAAAUGGGCGUCACGAUCCCGAAGAAAUCAAACUGAAAUCUAUGGAAAAAAUAGAAUCCAAGGAGGAGUUGAAAUGCGACUUGCCAGUUGAAACUGAGGUGAAAGUGGAGUCCAAGACUCAGGUUGAUGACUGCACCAAUUUUCUUCGUCGUCGUAAGAAAAGCUCCACUAGCAAAAGAAGAAGUCAAGAGGGACCCAACCACUUCACAAAGAUCUCGGACGAAAUGAUCCUGCAGAUCUUCCAAUUCCUGCCGAAGAAGAGCAUCGCAGACUGCGCCUCAGUCUGCAAAAGAUGGCGAGAUGUGGCCUACGACGAGUCCCUGUGGACGCGGCUCGAUCUGUCAGGCCGCGCUUUCCAGACUGACACUCUGGCCUACAUCAUUUCCCGCAACUCGCGCAUCGUCAAGAUGCCGACUGUCGAAAUCUGCUCGCCCAUAUUCGCCGAGUGCGUCGACAUGGUGACAAGCUUCUGGUGGCGAGUCGAGUACCUCGACCUGAGCAUGGCGGUCGUGAAUCCUGCUGACCUGGCGGUUUUGCUGUCCAAGUGCCGCGAUCUGCGCAAGCUCAGUUUGGAGCAUUGCUGUGCGGAUCGGAGUGUGUGCGAAAGUGUGGCCCAAAACGAGAAGUUGGACACACUGAAUAUGGUGAUGUGUUACAUGGUGUCCUGUGAAGGGCUAACCGAGAUAAUGAAGUAUUGUAAGAGACUGAGAGAACUGAACCUCGGUUGGACAGAACUGGAGGGCGACAGUGUGGAAGCCGUUUGCUCGCUAGUGAACCCGGACAUCACUCACCUGGAUAUCAGCGGCUGCAAGGCUCUCAAGGACGAGCAAGCGUUGAAACUGGUCGACCGAUGUCGGUCACUUGUCUACCUGGAUGUCAGCGACUGUGUCGCCAUCACCGAACAAACCUUCAACGUCAUCAUUGAGAACCUCGACAAACUGCAACAGUUGUCCGUUAGUCGCUGCUAUAAGAUUACUCCUUCCUUAUACCCUAAUCUAGAGGCUAUGCCAGAACUAACCAACUUCAACGUGUUUGGUUUGCUGAAUGAUAAACAAAUUGAGAUGCUGCAAAAGUGUUUGAGCAAAAUGAGCAUUAACAAAACAAAGUUCUCAACUAUUGCCAGGCCUACAGUUGGAAUUCGUAGAACGUCUAUCUGGGGUCUCAAGACUAGGGAUAGUGUGGCUUGAAGCAUGCGAGCUGUUGAUGAUACCGACUGAUUUCCCAACAUACUUCACUAUUAUCAACUGUUGUACAUAACAUGUAUUAUUAAUAUUAAUUAUGCAAUUUUUAUCAACGUAUAUAGGUUUUGAAAGCUUCAUCCUGAGCUAUACAGUGUUAUUCGAUUGUUUAGCAAUUUAUUAUAUGCCAUUUUUGGAAAAGGAAUUAAUAGUUUUUUCUUCAAGAUUUUUAUUAUUUGAAGGUGCUAUAUAGAAAUAUCGAAUGGUAAAAUAAAUGAGUUGGAAAAUAUCUUCAAUUGAAUUUCACAUCAUGGAAAAUGCAUCUUUUCAGGAUUCAACUGGAAUCAUUGUUUGGAACUACCAAAAUACUUAUCAUAGUCAUUUUCUAUCGAUUUUCUUUGAAACAAAGAACUGGAAAUCAUUUAAUAAAUAAAAAAUUCCAAUUACGUAUAAUCUAAGAAAGAAUUACUUUUUUAUACUAUAUUAUGUUGCAAAACGUUCCAUAAUCAAUCAUAUAUUUUGUACUUAUAUAUUAACUUAUCAAUUCCUUCGCAUUAAUAUCAAUGUGCAUUGAUUUUUAUCGUAAAUAACAAACUUAUUAUCCAAUAAAUUCCAUCUUAUUAUCGUUUGAUGAAAAUUUUAUCUAUUUAUUUAUUUAUUCAACUUCCAACGGUACAACACCAAUUUUACAUAAAAAUAACAUAUAUUGUCUAUUCUAUAAGUGCCAUAACUUGAAACCCUGGAAUGUUUGAUAGAAUGUUAUCUUGAUAGAAGUGAAAUUGAAAUAAUAUUGUAUUCGGUCUUAACCACGAUUUAAGGUACUGUUAAUUAUUCAUGGUGAUUAAUUAGUCUGUUAAAUUGUAUUUUCAGUCACUUGUAUGAACUUGGUUGUUCUAAGUCAAAGAGAUACGUUAGCCCGCUGGCACAAAAGAAUAGAAUGUAAAAGGUUGUUAAAUAGAAUAGAAUGUAACUUAUUAUCUGAAAUGAUAGCAUUCUUUUUACAGAACAUUUAUAAGAUUAAGGUUCAUAGAUUCACUUUACACUGUCAGCAUUUAUUUAUUCAUAUUCAGCGUUGCUCAUAUAACAUGAAAGCUGCCCAUUCAGCCAGUGCUGGUGUCAAUGAAUAUCACCUUUACCUUAAAUGAAGCAAGUCACUUUUUAAUUAAAUCGGGGUUUACUGAAUUAUUCUUUGAAUAGUUUAUUGUUUUUUCCUAAUAAUUGCAUUAUUUCGAUUGGGUUAGUUUGUAGAAGACUGUCAUAUUUAUGUGUUCGAUUCCUUGUCAUUUAUUUUUUUGUUUCCCUCAACUUAUCUCCUAAAUAAUUUUAGGAAGAAAGCACUUUUGUUAGUUAUGUACGGUAUUGUAUUUUUAAUUGAUAAACUCAUUUAGUGAGUGUGAGGAAAUAUUAAGAAA